UUUUAUUGUGAAGGAGCUACGCGGAUAGGCGUCUGAGUCUUUCUUACUAACUUCGCAUUUUCGUGUCAGUUUCUUCCUGAACUUUUGAAGUUACCACGACUUUCAUACGAAUCGUGAAUUAAGCUUAACAUGGGUGCGUGUUUAGCAGUGGGUUCCCUCGCCAGCUGUGCAUCCUGUUUGUGUGGCUCGGCCUCCUGCCUCCUGUCAUCAUGCUGCCCUUCCACAUACAACUCCACCAUCAGCCGGCUGGCCUUCUCCUUCCUGUUACUGCUGGGGACGCUGGUGUCCGUCAUCAUGAUCCUCCCCGGCAUGGAGGACCAUCUUAAAAAGAUUCCAGGUUUCUGUGUGGGUGGCUCGUCCAUACCCGGCAUACACAACACAGUAAACUGUGACAUCAUCGUGGGCUACAAGUCCGUGUACCGAAUGUGCUUCGCCAUGGCCUGCUUCUUCUUCCUCUUCUUCCUCAUCAUGAUCCGCGUGCGCAACAGCAAGGACCCCCGAGCCGCCAUCCAAAAUGGUUUCUGGUUCUUCAAGUUCCUGGUGUUGGUUGGCAUAACUGUGGGAGCUUUCUUCAUUCCGGAUGGCACCUUUAAUACAGUGUGGUAUUACUUUGGCGUGGUGGGCUCCUUCAUCUUCAUCAUCAUCCAGCUCAUCUUGCUGGUGGACUUCGCCCAUUCCUGGAACCUGUCCUGGGUGCAGAAAGCAGAAGAGGGGAACUCCAAGUGCUGGUUUGCAGCUCUGAUGACCUUCACGGUCCUCAACUACGUGCUGGCUUUCACCGCUGUGGUGCUUUUCUAUGUGUAUUACACCAAACCCGAUGACUGUGCGGAGCACAAGGCCUUCAUCAGCCUCAACUUCAUAUUCUGCAUCAUUGUGUCCAUUGUGUCCAUUCUGCCAAAAGUCCAGGACGCUCAGCCCAGCUCAGGCCUGCUCCAGGCCUCCCUCAUCUCCCUGUACACCAUGUACGUCACCUGGUCUGCUAUGACCAACAACCCAAACAAGCAGUGUAACCCCAGUCUGUUGAGUUUGGUUUCCCCCGGUGCACCAGCAACUCCACCACCAGGACCUGCUCCCCCCCCCAUGGCCCAUGCACCCACCCAGUGGUGGGAUGCACAGAGCAUCGUGGGAUUGAUCGUUUUCUUGUUCUGCACACUUUAUGCCAGCAUCCGCUCCUCUAACAACUCCCAAGUGAACAGGCUGAUGCAGACUGAAGAGGGCCAGGGUCUGAACGCCGAUUUCGAGGCCAGCGUCGGAGAGGACGGAGUCCGAAGAGCCGUGGACAAUGAAGAGGAGGCCGUGACCUACAGCUACUCCUUCUUCCACUUCAGCCUGUUGCUGGCCUCUCUCUACAUCAUGAUGACUCUCACUAACUGGUACAAGCCAGACACCAGCUACGAGGCCAUGCAGACCAGCAUGCCUGCCGUCUGGGUGAAGAUCAGCUCCAGCUGGCUGGGCUUGGCCAUCUAUCUCUGGACCCUGGUGGCUCCGAUAGUGCUGCCUGACAGAGACUUCAGCUAAAGCCGGUGAAGCUUCCCACCCCACGGCCGACAGCUUCUCACUGUUUGCAUCAAGAGAACUAUCAUAAGCUUAAAGUAACACUGAUAUAUUAAUGUGCUUUAUUACUGAUCUUGAGCUUACAUGUUGAUUGUUAUGGUUGAUGGGGAAAUUGCCAGAAAGAUGAUUCAGUUAAAAGUUUUAAUCUUGUGAGCUCAGGUCAUUUAGUCUGUUUUCCUCCACUAUUCCAAAGAGUAUGGGUGACAGCACUACAAGCCUUUAAAGGAUGAGACCAAAUGAUUGAUUUGUCAGUUUAAUUUUACAGUGAUGUCUAAGUUUCAGAAUUCUACUUUUCUACAUUUUUAUUGCAUUGUGUUGUUUUAGUGCGCAAUUUUAUAUCACCAGUGCCUUCUUAUAUUUUGCACACAGGUAAUUUAGAGGGACACUUAUGUUUUAUCACAGUUGCUUCCUCCUAAAUAAAGGUUAACUAAAGAUUAGAAAUAAAA